AUUUUUAUUUUAUGUUAGUAGGGGCACACUAUCACUUUUUACCCAAUUUUAACACGAUGUCCUUCAAGCCAAUCGAUCCGAAACGCGAUGAAAUCCGCCGCUAUUUGGAGCGCGGCAGCGUCGUCGAUUCGCUUACCAAAAUCUUCAUACGCGUUAUUAAAGAACGUCCGGAGAAUCCUAUGGAAUACAUUCGUAAUAACAUUGGGGUUGUACGCCGUCAGCAGGACAAGUACGAUCGCUUGCAGCAGGACCUGCAAACCGCCAAUGAGGAAAUCCAGCGUUUGCGGGCCAUUAUUAAUAGCAUCAAUCCGGAUGUGCUAAAAGAGCAGCCUGUAGUCCAAGCGAAGCAUCAGACCGAGGCAGACUUACAAAAUCAGUCGGAGGUCACUUUGGAGAAGAACGUUCAUUCAGAGCCAGAUCCAGUGUCCGAACUGUUGGACACGGUUAAACAAGAAGUGGAGAGCGAGAAGACGACGUCCGACGUCGUGGAAGAUAGCGAAUUGGCAUUGGUUGCCGAAAAACAAUUGAAUAUCGAAGAAACUACGCCAUCUGCAUUGGAAAAAGAUGUCAAGGCAGACGCGAGUGCAAAUCAAAAUCAAAAUUCAUCCGUCCAAGCUGAAGUCAAAAGCGAAAAUAAUGAAUGAAUUUUAAAUAAAGACUUUCUCUCUUAAAAGAUUCUCACUAUGACACAUCCCAUCAUAAGAUAAAUGAAAAUUAUCUUUAUAAAUGUACAUACCUAAAUGAAAGUAUUGACAUAUUAGCAAAUACAAAUAUAAUUGUGAAUUCCUUGAA